AAUUGUUACCAAAAAUAACAAAACCACAGAGGAAGCCUAAAAAUGACUCAAGCAAUCUAUUACCACACGUGGCAGUAAGGGCCUAUAUAAGCAUUAUAGCUGUGAUCAUUAGACACAGAAGACCUAAGAUUUUCUCUUUUUAGCAGAGAUCAUUUGAUAACACUAUGAGAUACAUCCUACUCUGUGCUGCACUCUUCCUGCCUGGAAGUCUUGCUCUCCCGGUUCCACUUAAGACAGCGCCACCGAGCUCUGAAGACCUGAAGCGUUUACAGAAUUACCUUGACAGGUUCUUUCCAUCCAUUAAUAAAGCAGGUGGCCGUACCUUAGAAGAGAAAAUUAAAGAGAUGCAGAAAUUUUUCCACCUGACUGUAACAGGAAAAUUUAAUUCAGAAACGGAGGAAAUGAUGGAUCAGCCAAGGUGUGGCAUCCCCGAUGUAUUAGAUUACAGCACAUUUCCAGGAAAUCCAAGAUGGAGGAAGAAUUUGUUGACUUACAGGAUCCUUAACUAUACACCUGAUCUGCCUCGUUUUAUGGUGGAGAAAGCAAUACAAAAGGCUUUUAAGGUGUGGAGUGAUGUGACUCCACUGAAGUUUCAAAAAGUUGCCAGGAGAGAAGCAGAUAUCCUGAUUCGUUUUGCACAUGGUGCACAUGGCGACUCAUCCCCCUUUGAUGGAAGAGGGGGAACACUGGCCCAUGCAUUUGCACCUGGCUCAGGGUUAGGAGGAGAUGCUCACUUUGAUGAGGGUGAGAAGUGGUCACAAGAUCAUAUAGGAACAAAUUUGUUCCUUGUUGCUGCACAUGAAUUUGGUCAUUCUUUGGGACUGGGUCAUUCAAAUGUUCAAGGUGCUCUGAUGUAUCCUAUCUAUCGCUACUGGGACCCAAAUACCUUCAGCCUUCCAGCUGAUGACAGACAAGGAAUUCAGAAAUUAUAUGGCCGCAAACGUGAAAACUUCUAAAGAACCCUGGUGUGUUUAAAAAGAAUGAAGAAUUCACACCAGAAAUGUUUCGUUUUAUUUCUUCCGUGAAUUAAAAUGGCAAAUGUUUGAA